UGGUACUUUAACCCUAAUAUGUUUUCUUUGCUCUUAGCUGUAAGUGUGCCGCUCCUGACAAUCCCAGCAAUCAAACCCUACAGUUCUGGAGCGACAAGAAGAUUGUCCCUUCUGCGAUGGAGUGGGCGAACCUCACUGUCAGUGAAUGUCGGAAAAUGCAUGGAGAAUUUACUGGACCCGCCUGUGGGCACCAUGGCCCCUACACGCCAGAUGUCCUCUUCUGGUCUUGCAUUCUCUUCUUCACCACCUUCAUCAUGUCCGGCGCACUGAAGAUGUUUAAAACCAGCCACUAUUUCCCAACAAAAGUACGAGCCAUGAUAAGUGACUUUGCCGUUUUCUUAACUAUCGUCACUAUGGUGACUUUUGAUUUCUUAAUUGGAGUCCCAUCACCAAAGCUACAGGUUCCCGGUGUCUUCAAGCCGACAAGAGAUGACCGUGGGUGGAUUAUUAGCCCGAUAGGCCCCAAUCCCUGGUGGACGGUGUUAGCAGCUCUCAUCCCAGCUCUCCUCUGCACCAUCUUGAUAUUCAUGGACCAGCAAAUCACUGCUGUUAUCAUAAACAGAAAGGAGCAUAAACUCAAGAAAGGAUGUGGCUACCACCUGGACCUUCUGAUGGUAGCAAUAAUGCUUGGGGUGUGCUCCGUGAUGGGGCUGCCCUGGUUUGUCGCUGCGACUGUUCUAUCCAUCACCCAUGUGAACAGCCUUAAACUAGAGUCUGGCUGCUCAGCUCCGGGAGAACAACCGAAAUUUCUCGGGAUACGAGAGCAAAGAGUCACUGGCCUCAUGAUCUUUGUGCUUAUGGGCUGUUCCGUCUUCAUGACUGCUGUGUUAAAGUUUAUCCCGAUGCCGGUGCUUUAUGGUGUGUUCCUUUACAUGGGCGUUUCUUCACUCAGAGGAAUUCAGUUCUUCGAUCGCCUGAAGCUGUUUGGAAUGCCGGCAAAACACCAGCCCGACUUUAUCUACUUACGGCACGUCCCCUUGCGAAAAGUACAUCUCUUCACCGUGAUCCAGCUGAUGUGCCUUGUUUCACUCUGGGCCAUCAAAGUGUCUCCUGCUGCCAUCGUCUUUCCCAUGAUGGUCUUGGCUCUGGUCUUUGUCCGGCAAGUCUUGGAUUUCUGCUUCUCGAAGCGGGAGCUCAGCUGGCUUGAUGACCUCAUGCCAGAAAGCAAGAAGAAAAAACUGGAUGAUGCCAAAAAUAAAGCCAAGGAAGAAGAGGAGUCUCAGAAAAUGCUUGAAGCUGCUGAAGCAACUGUCAUGCAGUUACCACUGGGGAAAACGAACUAUUUGACUGUUCCAGGACGAAAUAACAAUUUCAGGUACAAUUCACUAAGGAAAUCCCCCAGCAUGAAUGUUUUGUUGCCACAUCCUUUGCUCCACUAGUAUCUUCAUGGAUGU